GGAGGCCGGGAGCCGGAGCGCUGGCCGCGGAGCCUGCAGCUGGGAGCGCUCGGCGAGCGGCCGGUCGGUGGGGGUCCCAGCGCCCCGCACGCCCCGCACGCCCGGCCCGGCCCGGCUCGGCCCGGCCCGGCCCGCAGUGAGCAUGGGCGCGGCGGCCGUGCGCUGGCACUUGUGUGUGCUGCUCGCCCUGGGCGCGCGCGGGCGGCUGGCGGGGGGCAGCGGGCUCCCAGCAGGGGCCGUCGACGUGGACGAGUGCUCGGAGGGCACGGACGACUGCCACAUCGAUGCCAUCUGCCAGAACACGCCCAAGUCCUACAAAUGCCUCUGCAAGCCAGGCUACAAGGGGGAAGGCCGGCAGUGCGAAGACAUCGACGAGUGUGAGAAUGACUUCUACAAUGGGGGCUGCGUCCACGAGUGCAUCAACAUCCCGGGGAACUACAGGUGCACCUGCUUUGACGGCUUCAUGCUGGCACACGACGGACACAACUGCCUGGAUGUGGACGAGUGUCAGGACAACAACGGCGGCUGCCAGCAGAUCUGCGUCAACGCCAUGGGCAGCUAUGAGUGUCAGUGCCACAGCGGCUUUUUCCUCAGUGACAACCAGCACACCUGCAUCCACCGCUCCAACGAGGGUAUGAACUGCAUGAACAAAGACCAUGGCUGUGCCCACAUCUGCCGGGAAACGCCCAAAGGUGGGGUGGCCUGCGACUGCAGGCCCGGCUUUGACCUUGCCCAGAACCAGAAGGACUGCACACUAACCUGUAACUAUGGAAACGGAGGCUGCCAGCACAGCUGUGAGGACACGGACACGGGCCCCACGUGCGGCUGCCACCAGAAGUACGCCCUCCACUCAGACGGUCGGACGUGCAUCGAAAAGGAUGAGGCUGCAAUUGAGCGCUCUCAGUUCAAUGCCACGUCAGUAGCUGAUGUGGACAAGCGGGUGAAACGGCGGCUCCUCAUGGAGACAUGUGCGGUGAACAACGGAGGCUGUGACCGGACGUGCAAGGACACGGCCACCGGCGUGCGCUGCAGCUGUCCGGUGGGAUUCACGCUGCAGCCGGAUGGGAAGACGUGCAAAGACAUCAAUGAGUGCCUGGUCAACAACGGGGGCUGCGACCACUUCUGCCGGAACACCGUGGGCAGCUUCGAGUGCGGCUGCCGGAAGGGCUACAAGCUGCUGACCGAUGAGCGGACGUGCCAAGACAUCGACGAGUGCUCCUUCGAGCGGACCUGUGACCACACCUGCAUCAAUUCCCCGGGCAGCUUCCAGUGUCUCUGCCACCGCGGCUACACGCUCUACGGGACCACCCACUGCGGAGAUGUGGACGAGUGCAGCAUGAACAACGGCAGCUGCGACCAGGGCUGUGUCAACACCAAGGGCGGCUACGAGUGCGUCUGCCCCCCCGGGAGGCGCCUGCACUGGAACCGCAAGGACUGCGUGGAGACGGGCAGGUGCCUCUCCCGGGCCAAGGCCUCACCCCCGGCCCAGCUGUCCUGCGGCAAGGUGGGUGGCGUGGAGAGCUGCUCCCUUUCCUGCCCCGGCCACACACUCUUCACGCCAGACUCGGACAACAGCUACAGCCUGAGCUGCGGUGUCCCCAGCCUCCAGGGCAAGGCGCUCCCGAAACGCAACGGCACUAGCUCCAGCGCCGGGCCCAGCUGCUCAGGUGCCCCCGCCACCCGCAUCAGGCAGAAGGCGCGCUUCAAGAUCCGAGACACCAAGUGCCACCUCCGGCCCCGAAGCCGGGAGCCAGCCAAGGAGGCCCCGAGGCAGCUGCUGCUGGAAAACUGCCACAUGACCUUUGUGACCCUCAAGUGUGACUCCUCCAAGAAGAGGCGCCGUGGCCGGAAGUCCCCAUCCAAGGAGGUGACCCACAUCACGGCCGAGUUCGAGGUGGAGACAAAGGUGGAAGAGGCCUCAGACACCUGUGAGGCCGACUGCGUGCGGAGGCGAGUGGAGCAGAGCCUGCAGGCCGCCGUCAAGACCCUGCGGAAGUCCAUGAGCCGCCAGCUAUUCUCCGUGCAGGUCGCGGGCACCGAGUACGAGCUGGCCCAGCGGCCGGCCAAGGCCCCAGAGGGCCCGGGAGCGUGCGACCCCGGCCACGCGCUGCAGGACAGCAAAUGCGUGGCCUGUGGGCCUGGCACCUACUUCAGCGGGGAGCCCGGCCAGUGUGUGCCAUGCCCGCCGGGGACCUACCAGGACGGGGUCGGCCAGCUCAGCUGCACACCGUGCCCCAGCAGCGACGGGCUGGGCCUGGCUGGUGCCCGAAACGUGUCCGAGUGCGGAGGCCAGUGCUCUCCAGGGUCCUUCUCCACUGACGGCUUCAGGCCCUGCCAGGCCUGCCCCGUGGGCACCUACCAGCCUGAACCUGGGCGCACAGGCUGCUUCCCCUGUGGAGGGGGCCUGCUCACCAAGCACGAGGGCACCACCUCCUUCCAAGACUGUGAGGCCAAAGUGCACUGCUCCCCUGGCCACCACUACAACACCACCACCCACCGCUGCAUCCGCUGCCCCGUCGGCACCUACCAGCCCGAGUUCGGCCAGAACCACUGCAUCACCUGUCCGGGCAACACCAGCACGGACUUCGACGGCUCCACCAACGUCACACACUGCAAAAACCAGCACUGUGGCGGCGAGCUCGGCGACUACACGGGCUACAUCGAGUCCCCCAACUACCCCGGCGACUACCCGGCCAACGCCGAGUGCGUGUGGCACAUCUCACCGCCCCCCAAGCGCCGGAUCCUCGUCGUGGUCCCCGAGAUCUUCCUGCCCAUCGAGGACGAGUGUGGCGACGUCCUGGUCAUGAGGAAGAGCGCCUCACCCACAUCCAUCACCACCUAUGAGACCUGCCAGACCUACGAGAGGCCCAUCGCCUUCACCUCCCGCUCCCGGAAGCUCUGGAUCCAGUUCAAAUCCAAUGAAGGCAACAGCGGCAAAGGGUUCCAAGUGCCCUACGUCACCUACGACGAGGACUACCAGCAGCUGAUCGAAGACAUCGUCCGUGACGGACGGCUCUAUGCCUCGGAGAAUCACCAGGAAAUUUUGAAAGACAAGAAGCUGAUCAAGGCCCUCUUCGACGUGUUGGCGCACCCCCAGAACUACUUCAAGUACACAGCCCAGGAGUCCAAGGAGAUGUUUCCUCGCUCCUUCAUUAAACUGCUGCGCUCCAAGGUGUCCCGCUUCCUGCGGCCCUACAAGUAACGCGGGGACGGCGGCCCUGCUUGGGUGCCGGCUGCCCGGGGAGGGGAGAGCCCUUCCACAGUCGAAGCCGAAGGCGGAUCCGCGGGCCCCCCACACUGCUUGGGAACCGCCGACCAGCCCGUGGAUGGCGAGAACACGUCCAGGCCAAGACCCCAGCCCAGCUGCCCUCCUCCGACGCCGCCCCGGUGGGAGAACGUUGCUCAAGGCAGCCUUUCUGGCUCCCUCCCUCGCUCUGCCUGUUGCGGUCCAGAACUCUGAGUGCGCCUGCUGCUCCCCGGCCGGUCCCAGGGGACGCCCGCCGGGCCAGGACCUUGGCCAACAGCUGGGCAGCACGUGUGCCCUCUGCCUGGGGGAGGGAGGGGCCGUGGCUGCCAUGUCUCAGGGAGGCGCUCAGAGGCAGAACCCGGGACGGGAGGCCAGGCCGUGGAAGGAGGGGUGCGUGAAGGCUCGGCUGGGGGCUCCGAUAAGCCGGGCUCAGUGCCUGCAAAGCGUCACACCCGCAGGCACGUCUGGGUCACAGGGCCCAGGCCCCAAGCGAGUGUGUUGUCGGGGUCUCAGGAUUCUCUGAUGGGACUGGACAGAGGAGCUAGGAGGGGAGAGUGUGGAUUGGUGCCUCCCCAGGACAGAGCAUCUGACUGAGCACUAUGUGUGUGUAAAUAUAAAUACAAAGAUAUAUAUACUUCUAUCUGCGGGCGCGGAGGGAACUGCUCUCCAGUAACGCUAAGUACGCAUCGCCACCCCUUCUCCCGUGAGCCAGUGUGAGCCCAGCUGUCACCGACGCCCCCGACCGAGGAAACGGCUUCUCCAGGCACUCGCCCCCUCCAUUUACAGAGGCCGGGAGCCCGUGGGACUGAGGAGGUGGCCGGCUGGCCCCGGACACACUUUGGAGGACAGACGCUGGGGGCCUGGGGUGCCGCCCUCUAUUGGAAAGUUGUGUCCUCCUUGGACCCUUCCUGGGGGCGCGCAGGGCCCGGCGGUAAACUUGGGAAGGGGCCUGCGUCUGACCUGAGGCCGUACCUGCAGAGUCCAUGCUGAGCCCGCCGGCCACUGGGAGGCAAGGCUUCACCCCCACCCGCCGUGAGCGCAGGCCGUGCUGAGCGCCUCCAGGCAGGCAUGCGGGCACCGGGAGGGGUGGGCGCGGCCCCCAGGUGGAGGCCGCCAGCCGACAGGGGCCUGGUCUUCUUCCUUCUCCGCUCGGGGGCCUCGCUCUCCCCGUCUCUCUUUGAAAGAAGGACGGUCUGGAGUGUGAGCGGGCUGACCACAGCCCGCUCAGCCAGCGCCUGGGAUGGGGCUAGCGAGGACCACCAGCAGGCCGAGGCGUGGGACACGCAGGUCCAGGGCCCCAGAGCUUCAGGCUUCCAGACGUCAGCAUCCCAGGAGCAGGAGGGAGACCUAACACGAACUCCCAUCACCCGUCCCCCACGACCUCCAGGCGGUUUCCUCCUCGCCCAGGCCCACGCACACCGCCAGGGCCGAGCCCAGCUUGAGGCGCCGAGGGUGAAGCCUGGGGGCGGGUGUGUGAGGCCUCAGGGGGCCGGGGCCGGGUGACCGGGGUGGUCACAGCCAGGUUUACGAUCCACCCGGGGCUGGGCGCUCAGGAAUCACUGUCGUUACUGCAUCCUCAGUGGCCAGUCCCCAGCCUGACCAGAGCUGCCACCAGCGCCUCCUCAGCCAAACUCCAGCCGAGCGGGGAGGGGUGGCACCUGGUCAGCAGGUCAGUGUCUCCUGGGGAGCCCCGUCAAGGCCACGCCACCACCCACCCGCCUGUCCUGGGCAUGGUCCUUGAAGGCCAGCCCUAGUUUGCAGAGAGAGCCCUGUCCUCCACAGCAAGCCAUCGUCCUCCCCCGGAAUUAGACGAGCAUCCUCCAAAAUGAACCCCCAGAAUAGCCACCUAGGGGAGGGCGCUGGGAAGGGUUAUUUUUGCGGGUUUUUUUUUUAAUCCUCUCUGGAUUGUUUUUGAUCCAAAGAGGACCCAGAAAGAGCUCUCCUCUGUGGAGCUCUUUCUGCUGCUCCUCUGGGUGGUUCUUGGCAGUUGCCACCUGCACACCCACUAACUUACCCACCCUGUCACUGGGAGCCCCCCACCUCCAUCCACGCUCACCACGCCACUGCGGUCAGACCCUGCCUCCGUCCCCCAGGCAGGACAGGACAGGGACCCCGACUGACCAUCUCGAGUGCCACGGGGCCAGCAGUCCAAACUGACCAGCCACCCACAGUCACCAUCCAGCCCUCCCUGCCCAGUAAAACCGCCUCCCACGCCAUCAGGGGACUUGGAGGUCCCGGGGCGGGGGAGGGCGGGGUCUGUCCCGAACGUCACGUCAGCCCUCAGUCCCAGGCUGAGGGACCUGGGGGUCCCACCUGUUAAACGUAGAGCUGUUGCCACUCCUCGGGGCCUGGUGGUCCCGGGGGAGUCUCUCCAGACCACACAGUUUGUUUCUCCACCUUGCCACGUUGUGGACGCAGGUGGUACAUUGGGUGAUCCAGGAUGGCCGUCCCACCUGGCUCCAGGUGGAGGUGGAGAGGAAAGGGAGGCAGAGAAGGCCUGGCCCAGGUAGCCGGGUUCCGCACGGGGUUCUGAAGGAGGGCAGGAGACCUGGACCAGGGGUGCAGGAGUCCCGAGCUUCCCCGGGCUGAGCCAGAGGAGCAGAGCCCACUCCUGGACGGGAGCUUGGCCUUGAACAGCCGCAGAGCCCCGGCCCAGCCAGGGCCCGCCCUGCCCGCCUCGCACAGACCAUCGUUAAACUCUACGGAGAGGAGCCAAGUGACAUAUUUCUGGAAGCGGAAGUCUGCCCGGCUGGCUGGGACUGGAAGCAGGUGCCAAGGCCUGUGGUGGUGCCGAUGAGCUUGGUUCUGACCCAGCGGGGCUGGGGCCACCAGGGCAGCUCUGCAGAGACGCGGUGGAGACCUCGAGGGACCCCCACCAGGCGGGCCGGGCACCUCCUGGCUCGCCGCUUCCAUGGAAACGCACCGAGCCGGGGGAAGGAAUCUGCUCAGGUCUAGUGGCCAAGGCGGAGGCGCCAGGGAGUGAGGGCGCCCACCUGCUUCCCCAGAGUUAGGUCCGUUUUCCCCCAAUGCUCUGUUAGCCCCGCCAGAGCCUCCAGUUGCCUCGCGGUGGUGCCGCCCGCCCCCUCCCGCCGGGCUCUCCUUUAGCCUCAGACAGCAAGUCGCAGCUGCCAGGGGCACAGGCCUGCUUCCCCAACCUCUCCCAGCUCCUCCUCGCCCCGAGGAGACCGUGGGGACCGAGGUGGUGGCCUCAGGCAGCUUUCCCUCCUGCCACCGUGGGUUUGGAACACGCAGAUAGAGUAGAACUGAGACCCCGGGCCGAGAAGCUUCCAGGUAGGGAUGGCUGGCAGAGACCCUCUUCCCCACACCGCCCAGAAACCCGCGUUUCCCACCCUCAUUCCCCCAGAGAUACAGGCAGAGUCACCCAUUUUCCCCAAGAGGAGGCCCCCCCAGCUGCUGGAGCAGGCGCCUAAGUGCCAUUCAGGGGCCUGAAUAAUCCUUCCAGCACCUCCACCACCACCCCCGCUGAAAAAUAAGAGACUGAACUCAGUCGGGUCAUUCAGCAAACGUGUGCUGAGCACCUCCCAUGUGCCAGGCUCCUAGAGAGACCGAGACCCCCCAGCCCAGGAGCUGGCAGGUGCCCCCCGGAAGGCCCUCUGGUCACACAGAGGAAGGAGAUGGAGGCCUGGGUGGCAGAGCCCAGCACCACCGUCGGGAGAAAGCCAGCCCUCCCUCCUCGCCUCCCAGGACCCCAGGUCGGGGUGGAGGGGCAGAGCAGGAAGAAUCUACUGUACAGUUUCGAGAAAGACACCCCGACGGAGACACUGCAGCCAGCCAGGCCUCACGGAGCGGCCGCCCCUCUCCACCUACAGAGAGAGAAGCACCCGGGCCGACACGCCCAGGACCCCCAUCUCCGCCCCGGCGCCUCGCCCACUGCCUAGCCGGGCGCCUGGCACACUCAGUGCCCUUCUCAGCACCCAGGGGGCCGCGGCUGUGCCUGCCUCCUCCCCUCCCUGCCCGGGAGCUCAGCUGGACUGGUCAACUGCAUCCGGGACCAAGGCCCCUCUUCCUCUCCAGAGAUACACGUGGGGGCAGCUACAGCCCCGAACCGAUGUCCUUCAGGCCAGAGCGGAAAGAUUCGAUGUUUGAGACACUGCCCGUCACCCAAGGAGAGCCAGGGCGAGAGCUCCUACCGCCCACGGCCGCCCCCCGACCCUGCACACCGCCCGCCCUUCCUGAGCACUGGCCGUGUGCCAGCUGCAGGCACACCCGGAGCUGCGGUCACCACCGGGCCGGCCGGCCUGGCUCCGUGCAGGGGACACCAGGAGCACCCAGGCGACAUGGUCGUGCGUGGCCUCACGCCUUCUCCCCAUGCUCUGCUCAGGAACAAGGGCCGGAAGCACAUGCGGACAGAGAUGGGCCUCUGCCCUCUCCCCCUGGGGGGACAGGGAGGCUCAGACUGAGGGGCUCUGGGUGCCUUCAUCCGACACCCGCACGCGGCCCUGGAAGACACCCAGCGCCCCUCCAGCCCUGCCCCGCUGCCAGGCUCUGGGUGUCCCGAGAGCAUGGAGGAAAAGGAGGACAAGAAAGCUGGCUGACGCCAAGUGUUUUGUUUUGCAGUCCGGAGGCCACAAAGAUCUGCAGGGAGACUUCUUAUUCCACUGAGGUCAAAACCGUAACACAGUCUGGGCAGCCCCAGCCCUGUUCCUGUAGAGACAGGAUGGCUGAGCACCGCUGGCAGGGGGUGGAGCGGGGCAGGGGGAUGGGGGAUGGACGGGGAGCCCACCCCUGUGCCCAGCCUUUGGCGUGGGCUUCCACGAAGGCGCCGGCUAUACCGUCCCGGGAGCUGCCCGAAAGAGUGACAGAUAGCAUCAUAACCGCCUUUUUCUUUUAGCUGCCUCAGAUAUUCAACGUUUUGUUUUCGCCAUCAUGCUCAUACAUAUGCAUGUAAUGAAACAUUUGUGAAAAAUCACUUUCAUAAUAAACAAGAAAUGAACUGA